UCAGUCUCGCGUUCACCGCCCGGCUGAGGAGGUGAAAGUUUCUCCCCAGGAAGAUAAACCGCAAAAGACAAUAUUGUGCAUGAUUUGCGCCUUUUUUUUGCGGAGCGAAAAAAAAAAAAAAAAAAGGCCCCCCGAAAAAAAAAAUCGGGUGAGUGUGGGGAAGCUCGAAGAGGAGAGAGAAACAAUCUCUCGGCCACUUUGCAACAUUCCUAUAGCCAAAAAAAUCACUGAAGGAAGUUUCUUUUUUGUUUUGGUUUUUUAAUUUUUUUUUUUUUUGCUGCCUGUGUUGAACUCUCGCCGUUAUUGUUAUUUGCAGCCAGUUUAUUUUUGAGCUCACCCAACCCCCCUCUCCCCACUUAAACCUCCCUGAAAAGUCAAAGCAGAGAGACAGUGAAUAUUUUUGGGGCACGUUUUUAUUAUUAUCAUUAUUUGCAACUGCGAAGAUCUCUUCCCCCGUUCCGCACCAGUCUUUUUUUUUUUUUUUUCUCUUUUUUUUCCUUCCCCCUGCGCUGAUGCCGAAGGGGGUGUUUUUGAUGUGGUUGCUUUGGUGGUGAUCGUCGCUGACUUUCCAAAGAGGGUGUUUUCGCUGCCGCUGCUGCUGCUGCUGCUUCUCUCCGCGUUGUGUGUGUGCGCGCGUGCUUUUUUUUUGGUUGCUGCAUCGACGCUGGGAAGAUGCUUCUGGAUGCUGGACCGCAGUAUCCCGCCAUAGGAGUCACUACCUUCGGAUCCUCUCGCCACCACUCCACGGCCGAUGUCACGGACAGAGAAGUGGGGCUGGGGAUCAACCCCUUCGCCGACGGCAUGGGCGCCUUCAAAAUCAACCCCAGCACCCACGAGCUGGCCUCGGCCGGCCAGACCGCCUUCACCUCGCAGGCGCCCGGCUACGCGGCGGCGGCCCUGGGGCACCACCACCACCCGACCCAUGUCAGCUCCUAUUCCAGCGCCGCCUUCAACUCCACCCGGGACUUUCUGUUCCGCAACCGCGGCUUCGGGGAGGCGGCGGCCGCCAGCGCCCAGCACAGCCUCUUCGCCUCCGCUGCCGGCAGCUUCGCCGGACCCCACGGACACACAGAUGCCGCGGGACAUAUACUUUUCCCGGGGCUGCACGAACAAGCCACCAGCCACGCUUCGCCUAACGUGGUGAACGGGCAGAUGCGCCUGGGCUUCUCCGGAGACAUGUACGGCAGACCCGACCAGUACGGCCAGGUCACCAGCCCCCGCUCCGAGCACUACGCCUCGACCCAGCUGCAUGGCUACGGCCACAUGAACAUGAACAUGGCAGCCCACCACGGGGCAGGGGCCUUCUUUCGUUACAUGAGGCAGCCCAUCAAACAGGAACUCAUCUGUAAGUGGAUUGAGCCCGAGCAAUUGUCAAACCCCAAAAAGUCCUGCAACAAAACUUUCAGCACGAUGCACGAGCUGGUGACUCAUGUCACGGUGGAGCACGUUGGAGGACCCGAGCAGUCCAAUCACAUAUGUUUCUGGGAAGAGUGUCCAAGAGAAGGGAAACCUUUCAAGGCCAAAUAUAAACUUGUAAAUCACAUCAGAGUCCACACAGGUGAAAAACCUUUCCCCUGCCCUUUCCCAGGCUGUGGCAAAGUGUUUGCCAGAUCAGAGAAUCUCAAAAUACACAAAAGAACUCAUACAGGUGAAAAACCAUUUAAGUGUGAGUUCGAGGGCUGUGACAGGCGCUUUGCAAACAGCAGCGACCGCAAAAAGCACAUGCAUGUGCACACUUCCGACAAGCCCUAUCUCUGCAAAAUGUGCGACAAGUCCUACACGCACCCCAGCUCCCUCCGAAAGCACAUGAAGGUCCAUGAAUCAUCCUCGCAGGGGUCCCAGCCUUCUCCCGCCGCCAGCUCAGGCUACGAGUCCUCCACCCCUCCAACCAUCGUGUCUCCAUCCACAGAAAACCAGACUGCCAGCUCCUUAUCCCCUUCCUCCUCCGCAGUCCAUCACACGUCCAGCCACAGCACGCUUACAUCAAAUUUUAACGAAUGGUACGUCUAAAACGCUAAAACAAAACAACAACAACAACAAAACACAAACCGAAACAAAAAAAAGCCCCAAGCGAGCAAAUAAAUACCCUAUUUAAAGACUCCAAAAUAAUGGACACUCUGAAAUCAAAAUUUAAAU